AUGACAAUUGUAAGUGUCACUCUCUCGCGUUUUUUACACACCACUACAAAACAGCAGAAAAACAGCGUCGUUUCAAGGAUGAGUAAAGCAGGCAGCAGCUCCGGCGUAAACAAUAUCCCAGCGAUGCCAGCGAAGAACCGAUUUUCGAAAAGUGGCAGCGAGGAGGUGUACGAGGUGAAGGAGACGAACACGUGCUUGUUUUACAGAGUAGACAUGCCUGGUUGUCCCUUUUACGACGUCAAGCGAGCCAAGGCAAAGCUUCUCAACGGCGUUCUCUGGCUCACCGUCCCUAAAGUCUCCGGCAAAAGCAUCGAGCUUGAUGUCACUGAGAAGAUGCUGUAUAAUUAA